UCAACAUACUUCGUAGAAGCAUCACUGAGAUGUUGGGAGCAGGAAGCACUGACUCACAGCGCCGGGAGGCGGAGGAGGUGAUCUGAGAAUGCGGGCGCGCAUUUCAUAAUACUGGCAGACAGACGCUGCGAGCGCAGCACGGCGAACGGGAAACGCUUCACUGUCAGGCGUUCGGAUGAGGAGUUUUCCGAUCUCUGUCCAAUGUUACACGAGCAGCUGAGGGAGACAUGGCCGCGCAAGGACUGUUGAGCAGCGUUUUCUCCUGCUCGCUUAGCCCCAAAAGCAUUUCCAAGAAGAAGCUGAGGCAGACCCGGAGUUUGGACUCGACUUUGAUGCGGCACUGUGGCACCGAGGCUGAGGAGGCUCCGUAUAAGGGUGACAUCACCUGGAACACAUCGUUAGGACCCAGCGUCUGCCUGAAGCCGGUACCGCUGCAAAGCCUCUCAGAGCUGGAGAGGGUCCGUCUCCAGGAAGUUGCCUUCAGGCGACUGAUUCGGUGUCACGACCUGGGCUGCCACAUCACCAUUCCCAAAUAUGGCCACAAGCACAAGACGUCUCUCAGGAAGAAGCUGGAUUCGUUAUCUAAGGAAAAGAACAAAGACAAAGAGACUUCGCCGCAGACGUUCGGCAUACCGCUGUCGCACGUCAUAACCAACGACGUGCAAAGGCUGCGGCAUGACCACCUGCAGGAGGAGCACAGUAACCCCACUGAAUUGAUGCUAUCCUUCCUUCACCUGUCCUCUAGCUUCAAAAGGACUAACAAAGAGCUCUCCAGCAGCAACUCGUCGCUGAGCUCCACCCCCGAGAGCCAUAACGAAUCUCCCCUGCCCAGCACGCCAGACACGGCCUCACGAACAUCCAGGAGGGGUGGAGUGUCUGUGGAUUGCAUCACGGACCUGGACGAUAACCAGUCUCGGCUCUUGGAGGCCCUUCAGCUGUCCCUGCCGGACGAGGCAGCCGGGAACAGGAAAAAGAUCCACGACAAAAAGUUCAGCCUUAACCCCAUUUACCGACAAGUGCCGAGGAUAGUUGAUCUUUGCUGCCAGCACCUGGAAAAAAACGGCUUGCAGACCGUUGGAAUUUUCCGCAUCGGGAGUUCCAAGAAGAGAGUGCGACAGCUUCGUGAGGAGUUUAAUCAGGGGUGGGAAGUGCACUUUGAUGAUGAGCACUGCGUCCACGACGUCGCUGCUUUGUUGAAGAAAUUCCUCAGAGACCUGCCCGACCCGCUGCUGACAAGAGAGCUCUACACGGCUUUCAUCCACACGAUGCUGCUGGAUUAUUCCGAACAACAGAGUGCCAUCCAGCUCCUCGUGUUUCUGCUCCCUCCCUGCAACAGCGACACGCUGCAGCGCAUCCUCAGCUUGUUGUCCACCGUGUCCUCGCGCGCUGAAGACAGCCUGGACCCAGAGGGACGGAAGAUCCCAGGAAACAAGAUGACAUCACGCAAUUUGGCCACCAUCCUCGGUCCCAACCUGUUGCACAAGCAGAAGAACCCAGACAAAGAGUUUGCUGUUCAGAGUUUUGCACAUGCAGAGGAGAGUACAGCCAUCAUCAGCGUUGUCCAAAGGAUGAUCGAUGCCUAUGAUAUGCUGUUCAUGGUCCCUGCAGAUCUUCAGAAUGAGGUGCUGUUUAGUUUGCUUGAGACCGAUUCUGAUGUCGUCGAAUAUUUGCUGCGAAGAAAAGCCUCACAGUGCUCGGAUUCAGGCAUUCUCAGACCAGAGGACUCAUUUUCUCUGACUGAGAGCUGCAUGUCCAGUGACUCCCUCAAAGCAUCCAGCGGAGAGGUGUCCCCUUAUGACAAUAACUCUCCUGUGCUGUCAGAUCGACUGCUACUUAAGGACACAGAGGACAGCAGUUUGAACUCAGAUAGGGAUUCGAUACGCCCCAGGCAGUACAAGCUAAGUGACCGUUCCAAAGACGGAUCAGGAAGCACUUCGCCAACCCUUUCCGCUGACAAAGAUGCCUCAGCUGAUUGUUUCUGGGACACCUGGCAUGAACUGUUUGGGAAGGAUUUUAUCAGCCAUCAAUUUACUGCAGGCGGCUCCCUUGGAGAUGCCUCCGAAUGUGACUCGUAUGGAUCGUCGGAGGGACUGAGCAGUCACCAAGGCAACAACAAGCUGCCCAUCAGAGCGACACAAACACCAUUGGGCGUUUUGGAGAGCAGACCACACCUCCCAGCGACUUGCAGCAGCAGUGAUCCUUAUGACCACAGAGAAGAGAGGCAGCCAGAAUCAUUGCAUCAGUCACUGAGCAGCCAAUCAGGGGCUGUUAGCUCAGACAGCUCAGUACAAAGGACAGGACGCCCUCCAUGUCCAAUAUUUAUGGACAGAACAGAGGGUUUGUCUCCACGUCAGUGUUCUGGACCUUUAAGUGAAACUUCAAAUUCUCGCUGCGCACUCUCUGUCUUUAAACAUCAAGCUGAUGUCCAAACCUUGCUGCUGCCCCAGCAGAGCUCUGCCCUCCAGACUGUAGAUGCCGCAGAGAAAAAAUCUGGCCCUGACUGCUCUAACUUACAGACGGAGAAGUGGCAUGUGUGGCAGAUGAUGUCAAGUAAAAAUCCAGAAACCUUGCCAGAAAGUUUGGUGUGAAUCUCCCUUCUUUGACAACAGAAAAAGAUUAUGUAAUGACUGUUUAUUUAAAUGCUGUAGGAAAAAAAUCAACCUAUCUUUACCUUUUAUUAUUCAAAAUUUCUAGAGCCUUUUGACCAUUUUCAUAUGUUUGUUUUAAAUAUGACUAUUUUUGUUGUUUUUUAUGAUGUUAUUGUAUUAAUAAUGUUUUGUAGAAAUAUUUAAUACAGAGAAAAACUCAAUCAUGAAACAUCUGUAGACCAUGUCAUAAAUACACUGCUGUGAAAAAA